AUGAAAAUCACUCAAGUCAUCUUGUUAACAGCUAUAGUUGCUUUAUUGGGAGUACCUAUUAUUUACUAACUUGCUUAAAAUAAAAAAAGUAACUUAAACAGUGCUGACUGCUUAAAAUGUGAUGAAGCUGAUUUUAAUGGUGUUUCUUUUCACUAUGUUGAAAACUUAUGCGAUGACUCAUACUCCUUCUCAGUCAAAGUAUUAAGCUCAGGUGAUGUUUAUGACUAUUAAACUACAUGCUUGAAAAAUGGAGACAAAUUCCCUCUUAACAGCUUUAGUGAUUUCUAUCUCCUUUAGGAAGAUCAAUUAAAAUGUUGA